GUGCAAACAUAAGCGGUGACAGGUCAGCUCAGUAAAGAGAAGCCGGCCCCACCACUCAUUGGUCCAAGGGAUCUUAUCACACAACCUCCCACUCCCUGGUCACACAACCUUGCUGAACUGGCUGUCACGAAAACAUCCCAUCCAAAAUCCUGCUUUCCGACGCUGUUGGUGCCUUUGCUCUGCAAUGGGGACACUCUGUCAUUUGAGACGUCUGAAGACAAGGCUGGUGUCAGAUUUCCACAGCUGGUGUACAUUACAGGCCCCAAAUGCAGGUGGGAAGCUGUUACCUAGAAUCUAUGUGACCAGGCGGAUUCCACCGGAUGGGAUGAAGAUCCUGCGCCAGUCAGGGCUCUGCAACAUUGAGCAGUGGGAUUCAGAUGAGCCAGUGCCACGCUCAGAACUCCUGGAGAAGGUUGCUGGGAUUCGAGGCUUGUAUUGCCUCCUGACAGAGAAGAUAGAUGCCGAAGUGCUGGACGCGGCAGGGCCCAGCCUGCAGGUGGUCAGCACGAUGUCAGUGGGCUAUGAUCACAUGUCUCUGGAGGAGCUGAAGAAGAGAGGAAUCAGGUUAGGAUACACACCAGACGUAUUGACUGAAGCAGUUGCUGAACUCACAGUUGCUCUUCUUCUGGCAACUUCCCGUCGACUGUUAGAAGCUGUGGAUGAAGCUAAGAACGGUGGCUGGGGAACCUGGAAGCCUCUGUGGAUGUGUGGCUAUGGUCUGACAGGCAGCACUGUGGGGAUUCUAGGACUUGGAAGAAUAGGAGCAGCUGUCAUGGCCCGGUUAAAGCCAUUUGGAGUCAAGAGAUUCCUAUAUGCCGACACUGGCCCGAGACCUGACAUGGCCACCAAAAUCCCGGCCGAGUUUGUACCACUGGAUGAAUUGGCUCGGCAUUCGGACUUCAUCGUUGUGUGCUGUGCCUUAACUCCUGAAACAAAGGGCAUCUGUGGCAACAGUCUUUUCUCCCGAAUGAAGGAUACUGCCAUCUUUAUCAACACCAGCAGAGGCGGUGUAGUGAACCAGGAAGACCUGUACCAGGCAUUGGUCAAUGGUCAGAUUGCAGCUGCUGGUCUGGAUGUCACGGAGCCUGAGCCUCUGCCCACGGAUCAUCCUCUUUUUAAACUUAAAACGUGUGUUAUUCUCCCCCACAUCGCCAGCGCUACGGUCGCUACCCGGAACGCCAUGGCCGCCUUAGCUGCCAGCAAUUUACUGGCAGGUCUGCAGGGAAAAGCCAUGGGCAAGGAGGUGCCACUCUGAGGGGGAUGCAAAGCACACACUCUCCUUGUGCUCAAGCCCUCCUGCAAACCACUCUGGCCUGGAUGAAUGCAGCCUGCCAUCGCUGGGCGCUGUUUGAGCGGCGGAGGUCCCAUGACAAGCUGUCGGAGGGUGAGAGCACCACUGUUUUCUUCACCAAGAGAAAGAAUAGGCCAGUUCUACUGCUGUUUCAGAUGUACGGUGUCCACCUCCCUCCCCUCCCAUUACCAAUGUGCUGCAGCUCAGCGUAUGUAUUACAUAUUGCACCAUGUCUCCCCACAGCGCUCGUCUACGGACCCCCCCCCCGCCCCGACAUUAGCAGCUCGUUAUAGCGAGUGUGUUCUGCUCGUUGCUGGACAUGAAUGUCACCAAGAGAUAAGCAAUCGCUUUCAAAUGUGACCUUUUUUCUCAAAGCUAACUUGACAUUUUCUAAGGGGGAGAGGGUUCAUUAAAACUGUCUGUAGUCUUAUUGUGCAUUAGCCAAUCAGCGGGGAAGAUCUCCAGUAAAUUUGCAUUUUUAGAAUGGGCACAUUCCCAGAAAUAAAAUGUAUAACAUUGUUAUCAA